CCAAUAUUCUUAUCCUCAAAACCAACAUUCCCACAACAAACAACCAAAUCCAAAUAAAGAAACACAACUUAUUAGUUCUAAUAAUCAAAUGGCAAUAACCAAGUUUGUGAUACUAGCUGCCGUGAUGGCAGCCUUGGUGGUAAUGACUCAUGCCACCAUCAUAACCACCGAAGUCGAGAUUGAAGACGAGUUUGAGCAAGGGAGGGGGUCAUCUAGCCAGUGUCGCCGCCAGCUAAGGUCGCAGUGGCCGAACCACUGCGAGCAGUACAUGAUGCAAGGGAUGAGGAGGUACAUGGGUCGUGAUGAGGAGGAUGAUAACCAAGGAAGGGAGCAAUACUUAGAGAAGUGUUGUGAUGAGUUGAAGAUGAUGAGGCCACAAUGUCAAUGUGAAGCCAUGAAGAUGAUGGUGGAAGAUAAAGGGAUGAUGCAUCAACAAAGAAUGAUGGAAAAAGCCAUGAAUAUUCCUAGGAUGUGUGGUACCAUGCAACGCAAGUGCCGCAUGUCUAAAAUGGAGUAAGACGUACUAGCUACAUCAUGAUGUGCAUGCAUGCAUGUAUGCAUGCUAAGGGAUGGUCAUCAUCAUCAUCAUCAUCAUCAUGUAUGGUGGAUGGUUAUGAUCAUUGUCUUUUAAACGUCUUAGUUAAUUAGUUAAGUCUAAUUUGCUUAAGAGAGUGUUAUAAGGGAUAGUUUUAGGGUACAUCAUCGUGUACCUUGAUGUUUUAUUUUGGGCUUUGUUGUUCUUGUUUUUGGUUGUUUCCUUUGAGCUAUGCACAAUAAAUAAAAGUUAAUUAGCUCGUUCAGUGAUAUCUCGUA